AGCGCCUUGGGUUGUUUUAAUAACGCCUUUCUACGUCCUACGUCACCACGUUGACCCCGAAGCGGAAGUGAACACGUGCGGAGGAAGAAGGAAUCACCACGCAUGUUGAGAGGACACGGCUCGUACUCAGGACCAGAAGCUAACCCCCCCCCAGCCCCUCCUACGUCAUCAUGGCCGUCAGAGCGUCGUUUGAGAAAAACAACGAGAUCGGCUGCUUCGCCAAACUGACCAACACCUACUGCCUCGUGGCCGUGGGCGGCUCGGAGAACUUCUACAGUGUGUUCGAGGGGGAGCUGUCAGAAACCAUCCCCGUGGUCCACGCUUCCAUCGCUGGCUGUCGCAUCAUCGGGAGGAUGUGUGUGGGUAACCGCCACGGCCUCAUGGUGCCCAACAACACCACCGACCAGGAGCUGCAGCACAUCAAGAACUGCCUGCCGGACGCCGUGAGGAUCCAGCGGGUGGAGGAGAGGCUCUCCGCCCUCGGCAACGUGGUCGCCUGCAACGACUACGUGGCGCUGGUCCACCCCGACCUCGACCGGGAGACGGAGGAGAUCCUGGCGGACACCAUGAAGGUGGAGGUGUUCCGUCAGACGGUGGCCGAGCAGGUCCUGGUCGGCUCUUACUGCACAUUCAGCAACCAGGGCGGCCUUGUCCACCCGAAGACGUCCAUAGAGGACCAGGACGAGCUGUCAUCUCUGCUGCAGGUCCCCCUGGUGGCCGGCACGGUGAACCGGGGCAGCGAGGUCAUCGCGGGGGGGAUGGUGGUCAACGACUGGUGCGCCUUCUGCGGCCUGGACACCACCAGCACGGAGCUGUCCGUCAUCGAGAGCGUGUUCAGGCUCGGCGACUCAGCGCAGCCCUCCGCCAUCGCCACCAGCAUGAGGGACUCUCUGAUCGACAGCAUGGCGUGAACCAAUCGAAGGACGCGUUCCCCUCCAGGCUCCGCCCCCAUCACGCCCGCGGCCAUCUGUGUCCUUUUUUUAUUUGUAGCGUUUGGUUUAAUCACUUAAACCUGACGGGUAGAAGUACGUUUCUUCAGUUAGUGUUAAAAGGAACUUUAUUUCUGCUCCUCCGUCAGUCGUCUGGAUGCUUUUCGCGCUGAACAGGAGCUUGAAGCAUCACCGGCUGUUUGAAGAAUAACUCCAGACUGAGGAAGAGACGUCACUAACUCCACCUGUGGGUGGAGCAGCGUGUCUGUGAACAUACGGCUGCAUGGACUCUGUUUAUAAAAUAAAUCACCCAGUUUUUAUGUUUGUGAACUUUGGUGUUGAGCGAGAAUAAAGUCAGCUUUUGUCACAGGAA